AUGUCACAACUAUUCACAUCUUCGACAAUACCGCUAAGUUUUGAACCACAUGACGGACAUAACACAUAUAAUCACCGUAAACCGCCGCCGACGGGCAAUGAUCCGUUUGAAGAAGUAGAAGGAGCACCGCUUUGGCAGUAUAUGCUUGCCGGUGGGUUAGGAGGAGUGGUUGGUGAUAGUGCUAUGCAUUCAUUGGAUACAGUCAAAACCCGUCAACAGGGGUUUCCAUACAACAAGAAAUACAAAAAUAUGAUACCCGCUUAUAGAACGAUACUUAAAGAAGAAGGGUUUUUCCGAGGUCUAUAUGGUGGGUACAGUCCUGCUGCAUUAGGUUCAUUCCCAUCGACAGCUGCAUUUUUUGGUACUUAUGAAUUUACAAAACGCAAAUUAAUUGAUGAUUUCGGUGUCAAUGAAACGCUAUCUUAUUUCACUGCCGGAGUGUUGGGUGACUUGGCAUCUAGUAUAUUCUAUGUUCCAUCUGAAGUGUUAAAAACAAGAUUACAACUACAAGGUAAAUAUAAUAAUCCAUACACACGCGAGUGCGGGUACAAUUAUCGUGGACUAUGGAAUGCUAUAGUCAGUAUAUAUCAUAAAGAAGGGUUAAGAACAUUCUUUUUCGGUUAUAAAGAGACCCUAUUUAGAGACUUGCCAUUCAGUGCAUUACAAUUGACCUUUUACGAGAGGUUCCGUCAAUUAGCUAUAUAUUAUAACCAUGGAUCCACCGACUUGCCUGUUCCAGUUGAAUUAUUUACAGGUGCCGCAGCAGGUGGACUUGCAGGAGUACUUACUACCCCUUUGGAUGUGAUAAAGACUCGUAUUCAAACAGCCACCAAUCUUUCAGACUUGAAUGACUCGAUUUCACAAAAGAAUAUCAGUAAUCCGAUAGUGAACCUUUUUAAUAGAAACGCAACAUUGAGAGCAUUGGUAUCUAUUUACAGACACGAAGGUAUUUUUGGAGCAUUUAGUGGAGUGGGCCCUAGAUUUAUAUGGACGGGUAUACAGAGUUCAAUUAUGUUGUUGUUGUAUCAAGUGUCUUUAAAACAAUUGGAUACAAUAUUUGGUAAUGGGAAGAAGAGUUUGGAAGCAUGA